AUGGGUAAGAAAUGUGGCAUUUGUGAUGCAACUUUUAGCAGGCAGGAGCAUCUUGACCGCCAUACUAAGAGUCACACUCGUGAGAAGCCAUUCAAGUGCCUGAUUUGCGGGAAAGGAUUUUCUCGCCAGGAUGUACUGAGUCGUCAUCGCACGUCGCACGGGCAGGAGAGCGAAGAAACCACCGCUGCGCGUUCCAGAGCAUGUAGGCAAUGUGCAACAAGCCGAGCCCGCUGCUCCCGGAGUGAUCCGUGCAGGCGGUGCGUUGAACGCCACUUGACUUGCACUUUUCCUACAGCGCGGAAAACUAAGGCACCAGCGGUUGCCGGCUUGAGGGCGGGCAUUGGCAGCGAGCCACAAGAUAUGAGCAUGGAAGCAAUUCAUCAAACAUUUGUAAGGCGGGCUGGGGACAGGCCCUCGCCGCUUACCGCCGGACCUGAGGUAUCCAUAGACGUCAACAGCACCGGUCUGAACGAAUGCGUGCACGAGGGGGCAAAUUCCAAUCACUUAGCAUCCAGAAGCGAUGCUUGGACCCAGCAACCAGCCAUAUUUGAGGCUUCGCAGGCCGUUGGGUCAUUGGACUCUGGCACCCACCAUCUCUACGAAUUCAGCUCUAUCUCGGGGUUGAAUGAGCAGGCCAUGGACGUGCUCUCGAUAAAUUGGAUGUCUCCUGAGAAGUCUACCUCAUUUGGGUGGAACGGGCUCAUUGCUGCGCCGCCUUGCACUGAGAAUGAUAGCAGCGAUCAAUAUAUGCCCUUUUUCUUCGCUGCCUCGGAUCCUUUGCCCGAUCCUAAUCAGGAGUGCGUGCCAAGUAACGGACAAGCACGCAGCUUUGGACGAAAUGAAACCAGCAUCAACAGCGCCAGUCACUUGACUUUUGCUCCCAGUAAACUCGAGUCGGAGGGAACCAAAUCUGUGACUGGGAGCUACUACGUAGAUGGGGAUGGCUCUCGAGCGCCGUUUCGCGGCCAAGCUACCGGACAAUGGAGGAGCCAACGGAUGAUAUUUGCCAACGACGCAUCUACACCUGGAAGCAAUGUAACUGAUUACACCGACGGUGGAACAUGUGGUGUAUGGAGUGGUGCUUUGGUAGGUGUGGGCGGUUAUAACAACAUGAUACGAGAAAUUCACCUCAAAUUGGGCAAGAAAAAUGAGGUUAUCGAUGCCAAUUCCCUCCCAUCUAUGCAGUGCAUUGAUGCAUGCGUCCAGUCAUAUUUCGCUAUUUUCCACCCUAUAUUCCCUUUCAUUCGGAAGAGGACAUUCUCGGAAGAGUCAAAUGAGCACUGGAUGCUUCUCCUUACUGUUGCCGUAAUUGGGUCCAAAUACGCCACCACUCAUGAGGAGAGACUACUUAGCCCGGAGUUUAUCGCUAUUCUGGACAGCAUAUCUAGCAGCCGAAUGUACUCUUACCAACAAAUGGAAACCGGAAACCCUUCACCAUCACCAUUAUGGGGGUCGGGAAAUAGCGCAUUUAAACUGCCAACAUUGCAGGCGGCUAUCCUCUCCUUGAUCUGUUCGCUACAUAGAGGUAGACUAGACGUGACAAGGCAGGCGCUACUCGAACGACACUACCUUGUUGGAGCAUGCACCGACUUAAAUCUGCUGGAUAGGGAUUUUCAGGACAGUCUUCGCAAUCAUGAUUAUAACAAAGUCGUCCAGGACUGGCCUAUGAACCAGUCUCGUAUCAGAACUGGUUUGAUGAUAUGGUUACUUGACGCUAUGAUCUCGUACGAGUUCAACACCGCUCCGUUGAUGCAACUUGUGGAUGCAAAUGUCCCCCUGCCCUGCGAGGAUGGCAUUUGGGAAUAUCCAUCGGAAGAGAAAGUUGUUGCAGAGCAGAAAUCAUCUGUAACGCUGCUAGGCACGAUUGAGAUGUUAUAUAUCGAGAAGAAGCUCCCGGAGAACCUGAGCGAAUUCAGCACCAUUUUAAUUAUACAUGGCAUUUGGCGAAGGACUAAGGAAGUUAUCAAUCAGAACCGGACGCAACUGGCAAACUGGAUUCCCAGUGCUGCAAUCCAGGCUCGAGAAGCCCAACCAAGCGCUUUGACAGAAACCUGGCCGCCAUCAAAUCCAACACUAUCGAAGUGGCGCAAUAGUGCUUGUGAUUGUCUAGACAUACUGCACUGGCGGGCUAAUGCGAAGGCAGCCAGUACUGGUGGAUUAGAACACCAUACCGUCAUGUAUUUACAUUUAUCUCGCCUCAUUUUACUUACCCCUCUAAGGCAAAUCCAAACAUUGGCAACCAAUCUUAGGAACACAAACACUAUGAACUUCGCUGUCAACGAGAGAUAUGCAGACGCAAGCAACUGUGUGCUGAAAUGGGCUAUCAAUGAUUCGUUCAAAGCCCGGCUCGCAAUCAUUCACGCUGGCGCGCUUUUUUGGCAUAUACGACGGUACUCUAGAAGGAGCUUUCUGGAGCCUUUCACCAUAUACAUGGCCACGCUCAUCAUCUGGGCGUACAGUACCUCGGUGCAGUUUGCAAGACAGCAGGAAGAACUCCAAGAUGAGGAAUUGUGUUCGGAAGUCUCUUUCUUUUUUAUUGAUCGACCAUGUGACGAUGAGAUGGUUCAAAUGUACCUCCGUUUUGGUAAUAAGAUGUCCGCGCAUAUGACAAGAGUUGGAGUCAUUACACAAGUCUCUGCUCCAGGCAGAAUCCUCCAAGAAGGCAUCCGGCUCCUCGCAAAUCGCACAGCAGGUGCCGCUUCUGUAUCCAUGAGUGGCGCAGGUGAAAAAGACAUACCUGAAACGACUACAUGGGGGGCGGAACAGUCAUACAUGGAGGUUCUCGUUGCCUUGGCUCAGGCAAUGGAGCAGAAGCAGGCAUGA